CUAAUAAGGCUGACCUCCCUCAUUCCCCAGAGAUUUCAUCAAGUGACAAGAGGCGGUUUGAGAGGUUUUAGCCAAAGGCUGUUGGAUAUUUCAACAUGAAGAUUACGGACAGUAAUGUGAUCCGGUUUCACCUUCAAGUUACAUAUGGGAUUUAUGUAAAGAGCUUAACGAAAAAAAAAGAGCGAUUGCUAAUCACUGGUACAAAGGUCUUUGGUGUUCCUCUGGAGAAUUUACAUCGCCAAUACAUUCCUGAGUUUGGACUGGUGCCCUGCUUUUUGGUGAACGCUUGUGCAUUUCUACUGGAGCGUGCCGGGACUGUUGGCCUGUUCAGAAAACCAGGCUCCCUUCCUCGCAUCAAGGCCCUCAGGGCCAAGCUGAAUAGAGGAGAGGGUUGCCUGACCGCCCCCUUCCCCUAUGACGUUUCGACGCUCAUCAAACAGUUUUGCAGGGAGCUGCCGGAGCCGCUGUUCCCCUCCGAGCUCCACCCUGCUCUGCUCAAAGCCCAGGCGCUGUCCAGCCCUCGGGACCGGACCUCAGCCCUCCAGCUGCUGUCCUGUUUGCUGCCCGCUAGGAACGCCUCCUGUCUGCAUUACCUGUUGGACUUCCUCUUUAAAGUCUCCCAGAGAUCCUCCGAAAACUUAAUGAGCACUUCGAAUAUAGCCACAGUCUUCGCUCCGUGUCUUUUGCCGCCCCCCAACAAGGCAGAGAUGUCUGAAAUGCGUCUUGAACUCAGAGUGCUUGUCUUGCGCACCUUUAUUGAAAGUCCUCAUUUAUUUGGUGUGAUUCCUAAAACGGUAAUGGACAGCAUGGAUUUUCUGAUUAACUUCCACCCUCUGAAAGAUCCAAAAAGAGGUCACGGAAAAAGACCCAGUUUAAAAGGUAUAACGCUAGGAAUUUAA